CCGGACUUGCAUCCUCUGGUGAAGUCGGAGUGAACCUACAAGCCUUCCAGAUUUUCAAGCAUGCUGAGUUCGCUUCCGCAGAUGCGAUUGCAAAAUUCAUGCUCGAGGUCCACAACGACAACGAGGUGCAACUGCUACAAGCUCAGGACGGUACAUCUUCGUGUGGGGGAACAUUUUACCCGCUGAAGGAUUUUCCGCAUCAGACAUCAGCAGAACGUUGCUUUGUCGUGAGUGUGCCUUCUCAUUGGCCAAAACUGCCUUCGUGUAGGCUGUUCAACGACGGUACAUCUUCCGUGUCUCUGUUGCAGCUUUUACACGUGAGAUCUCGAAUGGCGCGAACUACAGAAUCUAGCAGAAAAGUCUCUGGUUCAAUAGUAGAAGCCAAGCCAGCAUCGGUAGAGGCAUGGGUCCAAUCUCUGACGGAUAAUGAAGUGCUAUGGGAUCAUUUAGGAUGGCUUGUGCGUGCUUACGUGAAGGACCUGUCACACAGAUCUCGGAAAGUAGCGUACUUGAUGAAAAAAAACCAAGAAAAUCCUAUUAACGAUUCCUCGAACCUCGACUUCUUCAUUCGUACUAGAGAUGGGCGGGAAAACGAGGAUCAUGAUGGUGGUACUAAAAACAAGGAUCAUGGAAACAUUAUUGGUGACUAUGGUACACUGUUGCGUGAUCACUGGUGGGGAAUCGUCCAGAGAUAUCAUGGCUUUGACAUAUAAUUCCGUUGGAGCUUUCACGAAACACGACUUCUUCCACGCAUCUCUCCUGAGUGACGUGGACUCUCGAUAUGAUAGAGCAAAAAACGCUUGGUGCUGUUCUUCUAAUGAGUUUGUCUUCCCAUGGGUUGUUCUUUCCACAGGAUCUUCCUCCAAACGUCGUUCCGAUGGUUGUUCCAUGAUCGGUGGCUGGACAUCACAGACAUAUGCGAUCCGCUCAGUCGAUCUACAACAGCCAGAAUCAAUGAUCAAGAGAGCGAAAGAGCGACGUCUUAGUCUUCAUUAAAGAUAGAUACAAACCGAAAUUAGAGCAGAAAGAAUAAUUUAGUACAGUUACAUGUAAAGAUCGUCUGUCCGAUUACGACCACUUACCUCCUACCGCCUCAACAAACAACAUGCCGGCUCCUCAAGGUGUUGCACACUUGAACAUCACUGCUGGCGCUUUGGUUGCAGUAGGAGGAGUAAUGGGUUAUGUGAAGAAAAAAAGCGUUGCAAGUCUGGUCGCAGGGGUCUCGAUGGGUGCGGCUUACUUCGGAAGUGCAUACCUAGUAGACAGAAUAGACCCAGUAAAAGGAUUUCAAGCUUAUGAUGAAGAGCUAUCAACAUCGAGUUACCUAGUUUGACCCCUACAGUAUACAUACCCCCUAAAGCAGUUGGGGGUGCUCUUGUGAAGAUAUCUCAACAACAAAAAUGGAGCCCUUUCAUAGCCUCGGUGCAGCUACGAGCGCCUUGCUGGUUGGAGCUAUGCUUCCACGAUAUA